AUGAAGGUAACCGGUCCUGCUAUCGCCACCCUCAUCACUCUCCUCCCCAUGGCAAAUGCCUGGAUCUUCCAAACCUGCGCCGGCCGGGCCGAUAGCACCGAGAACCGCGGCUGUAGUCAGGCAGCCUGUGGCACUGGCACCACCAUCGACUGGAGCAACCCGACCUGGAUCAAGUACUGUGUGCUUCGAAUCUACAAGAACAGCGACUGCACUGGCCAGAUUGGCAUUUCGACUGAGGAUUGGCAGCAUACUCUUACUCAGCCCAUGGCAGCUUGGGAUGUUCAGGGCUGUUAG